UGCCUUUUUUUGUCCUGUUUGAGCAACACCCUGACAGUCCCACUCCUGCGACCAGAGACAACACAGAGAGAAAGUGGAGCGCCACUUCCAGCCCCAAUCAGUUGACAAGAGGCCGCACACAUAGAAAUAAGUUCAGUAGAGUUGAUUUCUAUUUUUUCGAUAAUUUUUCAUCUGUACAUUUCUUUUGUCUGAGGCCAGCAUCAUGGAAGGGUACCUGGCAGUUUGUCUGUGUGUCACAGCCCUCAUCUCCGCUCCACACACCACCAGUGCCAAGGAGCUUUCCAUCACCACCAUAAAGGGUGACCCAUACACCAUGUCCCGAGGCACUGAAUUGGAGGGUUACUGCAUCGACCUCAUCUCCAAGCUCUCCCAGAAGCUGGGCUUCACAUACAAAGUCAACCUAGUGAAAGACCAACGCUACGGCGCCCUCGAUGCCAGCGGCUCAUGGUCUGGCAUGAUCGGGGAGGUGAUGCGAGGGGAAGCUGACCUUGCCGUGGCUCCACUGACUGUCACGGCGACCAGAGAGCAGGCGGUGGACAUGACCACACCUUUCAUGCAGACGGGGCUGAGCUUCCUCCUGCGUAAGGACAUGGCCCAUGAGGAGCUCAACCUGGGCUUCCUGUCACCCUUCUCCAUGGAGAUGUGGAUUGGGGUUCUUGUCGCCUUCCUGCUCACUGGCAUCUGCGUCUUCCUGGUGGCCAGGAUCAGUCCUAGAGAGUGGGAGCCAGAGUCCGAGGGGCAAAGCUUCACCUUGGUACACAGCUUCUGGUACAUCACUGGGGCCCUCACCCUGCAAGGUGCUGGUCCUCACCCCAAAUCGGUGUCCGGUCGUCUGGUUAGUGCCGUGUGGUGGGUGUUUGCCGUUCUGCUGCUGGUCUUCUACUUUGCCAACUUCAGCCACAUGCAGCAUGCCGAUAACAAGCACGUGUCCAUCAAGAACUUUGAGGACCUCUCUCACCAGGACGUCAUAGAAUACGGAACGGUGGAAGGUGGCUCCUCAAUGUCCUUCUUUAAGAAUUCAAACAACCCAGUGUUCCGGCGUAUCUACCAGCACAUGGAGCGCGGUAAUACCUAUGUGGCCACCAUGGAGGAAGGCAUUACUCGUGCUCAGGAGGGGAACUUCGCCUUUAUCGGCGAGGCGGUGUCUCUGGACCUGGCCGCGGGUCGCUACUGCACGCUGACACGCUCCGAGGAGCUUGUGGCCAUGAGGGCCUACGCCAUCGCAGCACCCGUUGAUUCGCCGCUGGUGAAGAACCUGACGGUGGCCAUCCUGCAGCUCAGUGAGGGCGGGGAGCUCACCUACCUGCAAGACAAGUGGUGGCCCAACAACUGCCGGGAGGGCCAGGAUGCUCACUCUGCCAACGCACUGGGGCUCCAGAACCUGCUGGGCCUCUUCCUCCUGCUGGGGCUGGGCCUGGCCCUGGGCCUCCUCAUAGCCCUGCUUGAGCUCCUAUCCAAGGCCCGGAGCCUGGCCAAGGAUGGGAAGAAGUCGUGCUGCUCAGCGCUGUCCACAGAGUUAGCUCAGCGUUUCAGAGGCGGGGCGGAGAGCGCGGACCAGGAGAUCGCAGAUAAGAGCAAGGCGUAACAGAACGCCAUCAGAGUCCAGAUGCCCGGACGCUCAUAGUGGAGUUUCAAAGUGGAAGGAACUAGGCCGAAUGUAGGACCUCAUUCUGAAUGGAAGCAGCUAUAACUGACAGAGGUUAUUUUUUCCCCAGUGAGAAUAGGUAUUCCAUUCCUAUAGAUUGCUUUUCUUAACCGUUCAAGUAACUGUGAAUGCACCAUUUGAGUGUCAAACGAUGUCAACGUUCAAAUAUUUUGUCACUGUAGGUAACUAUUUAGCAGGGCAAAUUAGCCAUAUCCAAUGCUAUCAAGAAAGUGUGUUAUGCAAUGAAAAAAACCUAUUGUAAGGUGUUACAUUCGCUAGGCUAUAGUGUGACAGCAAGAAUCCAUAGGCAAGAACAACUUCAGCCUACAAAGUAUGAUUAUCGGCAUUUCACAUUAAAUAAAGGAUUGAUGAAAUAAAGAGUUUUGUGAAAGU